AUGUCACCAGAGUGCGAUCUACAGUGGAGAAAACUACAGCUUGUCGCCGAGUCACUGUGAUUAUUACAAAACACAGAAAAUGUUAUUUGCUUCCGUUGAUUCUGCUUUAAAAAACGUUUAGACGAUCAAAGGAUGAAUAUGUACCGGUAAUUUACGCCUUGAAGCCUUUCUAGUCGAGCUGAUAAUGCUUAAAAUGAAGCUGCCCAUGAGAACGGCGGAGGCAGGAGGAGACGACACGGCCGAGGAACAGCCCGAUCUCCAUAUUCCAAGAUCGGUCUCCGACAAGCCCGAAGAUUCCUCCAGACACCCAGGAUAUCCAUCUCAAUUGGAUAAAGAGGCCGUUUUCGAAUGGUUUGGUUUGCAUUUAAAUCCUGCCAAGCGGAUCGAGUUUAUGUGCGGACUGCUGCAUAUGUGCCAGCCACUUGAGCUCCGGUUUUUGGGCUCCUGUCUGGAAGACUUGGCUCGGAAAGAUAACCACGUUCUACGGGAUGUCGAGAUAAGGGCCAACAAUCCGAAUGAUCUGGCCAUUUUAUCAGAUGUUAUCGACCCUGUCGUGCGCUCCAAACUGCUGGUCUGCUUGUCUCUUCUGGGAUCUGACAGCAGGGAGUGUGCGGGAAUACUAUUUAGGAUAUUGAGCCAUGUGGAUCCCUCCUUGUUAUUCAAAAACUAUGGCUAUUCUGUUUCGCCCUUCAAGGACUCUCAACAUCACCCGUUCUAUUCUCCGUGUGUGGACGGGAAAGCGUUCGGGAGAACAGAACAGAAUUGCGGGCUUCCAAUGGAGGCAGUGAUCGGACCCUUGGAACAGUUGGCGCUGCUUUUUACUAUGGCCUCCUUGCAUCCAGCGUUCCCGUUUCAUCAAAGAGAAAAAGUUCUAGAACAGCUGGACAAAAUUCAACUUGCUAUAGAGGACGAGAGACAGCAGAAUCAGCGCAGAAUAAACGCCCAGCACAACAAGGCCCAGAAAGCAGAGGAGCAUGGCCCAGCAGCAGUCACCAUCGAGGGCAGUCUGGGUGAGAGGACGCAGGCACAGGCUCGCCACGCCAGCCAGACACCCCCCAGCAGAAGGGCCCAAAGGGAAGCCGUGCAUGUAGAGAAGAUCGUGUUGAAGGGGAUCUUACGGAGGAGGACAGACAGGGAAUACAAUUUUGUGGUAUGUUCCCAGUCAUUGCAGUGUAUUAAACUUACCUUUUCCACUGGUCCCACUGAUGCUACCAAAGAUUUGGUCGCACCAAUUGUCUCAUAAAAAAAAAAAAACAUGAUCAUUGAUAAUGACCUGGCCUGUGUCCCAUAAUGUGCCUGCAUUCCAUACGGAACCAGG